GCUACGUGGCUUUGAUUACAUGUCAUUUUUUUUUACUAAAUCCUUAAUAGAAAGAGUAUACUGAAUGUAAUGUGAUAAAUUAAAGCAAAAUUCUUGUUAAAAAAUGUAUAAUAAAACGUGAACUUAAAAACAUAUUUUAAAAUACGCCAGAAACUGGUAUGAUUUUUCGCUUGCAACUGUAGUAUGCCUUUUUAGGAUAAUGGAAGCUCAAAUUGCAAUAUUUGCCUUCAUAGUUUUUGUAGUAGUAUCUGCAGUUCUUAUAUUGGUUUCCCUGUUUGGUACAAAAGAAAAAACUUAUGAAGAUGCAUUAGCUGAACAAAGACAGCAAACAAAUGUACUUUUAGGAGCUCAGACACGACCAAAAGCAAAAGAUAAGAAACAGAAAAAGACAUCAAAGAAGGUGAAAGAGAAGCAUGUGGUUGCUUCAAAUGCAGAAAUAACCGAAGAAUCAGAAAAUAAUGAAACAACUCUUACAGAAACCAAUUUCAAUAACCCAAAAGUGAAUUUACAUGUUGAAUUUCAAAAGCCUACAAUUAUUGAAGUUUUAUCUGAAGAAAUUCAAAUUCCUAAUUUUGCUGAUACGCAGAAGCAUGUGAAAAAAGUUCGUCCAAUACUACUUCAAAAAGACCCUAAAGAAAAUAGGCCAGUCAUCCCAAAUAUUGAAGUUCCACCUGCGAACCAUUUUGAGAAAAUUCAUCCUAAGGAUGAAUUUGAAUUGGUACGGUCCAGGUCAAAUUCACAGACUAGGGACGAAUAUUCCAAUAAAUCACAAAAAAGUAAGAUAUCAGUUUCUGAACCUGAUACGGUGAAAGGAAACAAAUCUACAUCAGAGCAAUUGGAAAAGCUGAAUAAGAACAAAGAAAAUCAAAUAUCCGUUCAGGAUGAUCCUAAAGAAAAAACGAAAGAAAAACAGGCUGAUAAUACAAAAGGUGGCAAAAAAAUUAAACAAAAAGAAACAAGUAUUUUGCAAAGUGAAAAAGAUAAAGAUGCUGAGAAAAAGAAGGAAGAUUUUUUAUCAUGUACAAUGGCUGAGGUACUUCAGAAACAAACAUCUGUGCAACAGAUAUUAAACGUCCCUUCAACAAAAGAGAAGAAAAAGAGGAAAGGUGAAAUUCAGUUAUUGCAACAAAUUUCUGGAGCUAACGGAGACGUAAAUGUGCAGCUUUUAAUUGAUGCGGUGCGUACAGCUGAAUUGUCUCGAUCUGAAGUUCAAAUACUUAUUGAUCUCUUACUAAACAAGCAGCAUGAGGCUUCUCCUGACAGCGAAUGGAGCGAGGGUAAAGCGGACCCAGUUCAGAAGCUCAAGAAGCAACUUGCCGAAAAAGAAAAACUUCUAUCAGAAGAACAAGAGGCAUUAUCUAGUGCACAGGCCAGACUUCGUGAAAUUCGUGCCGAACAGCAAGCCGAAAAGUCGCAAUUACUGCAAAAGUUAAAAGGAUUAGAGGACGCUCUUCAAGGAAAGAAUUUAGAACUGCAGACUGCUGACCAACGUUUACAUAAUCAAAAUCAGAAAAUACAACAGUUACAGGGCCAAUUGAACGAAGAGGCAAUGGCCAUACAUAAAUUGCGAGAAGAACAGGCAACGUGGGUAGUUCAGAGACAACAAUUAGAAAUGAGACUAUCGCAAACGCAAGAUGUUGAAGCAACGAUCGUUCAACUUCGUAACGAGCUACAAGAUUUACAAAACAGAAAUAAUCAAUUAUCAAUCGAGUUGCACAGUUUAAAUGAUCAAAGUAUAGCUACAAAAGAACACCAACAAAAUUUAAUCGUUCAACUUCAACAUCAACUGACCUGUUUCAAAAACGAAGUUGACCAAAAGGACGAAUAUAUUAGACAAUUAGAGGAAUCUGGUAGAGAUUUGGAACAUCGCUUUAAUGUGGCGCACAGGCAAGAAAAUGAACUGAAAGUGGAAAUUUCGCAACUUAAAUCAACCGUUCAGCAAAAUAUUGAAGAAAUUCGACGAUUGGAGCUUGGAAAGAAUCAGUCCAUUGAACAAUUAAAGAAACUUGAGAAACAAAGGGAAGAAUGGGAACGAAAAGAAGAUGAAUUAGAAAAAGCAUUGCUUAAUGCGAGGUCGCAGUUAGAAAUCGCGGAACAAGAUAGGAAAGAUAUUCAAAAUUCACAACAAAGUUUGAUGUUGAAUGAAAUAAAAGACUACCAAGAACAGAUAAAAAAUCUUGAGAAUGAUUUAAAAACUAUAUCAGUCACAUUUCAAGAACAUGAACGAGUUCAUAAAGAAGACGUUACAAAUUAUAAUAAUCAAUUAAAUGUUCUCCAAAGAGAAUUAAAUAACUUUAAAAGCAAAGACGAGCGCCUUGAAAGUGAACUUGGCGAAUAUAAGACUCUUAAUACUGAUCUUUCUAAGAAGUUGGGCGAAUUAAAACAACAAACAGUAAAAUUAUCUCAGGAAUUACAAGAACAAAAGGAUAAAAACAACGAAAUUCGCAAAAAGAAUUGGAAAGUAGUGGAAGCCUUAAAUGCUGCGGAAAAUAAAAUUAAAUCCUUUUUAAAUUCAUCUAAACAAAAUCCAUCAGAAAAAGAAUUUUCAAAGAAAGUGGUAGAGCAGCGCGAAGUGAGGCAACAGACUGAAGAGUUCUCUCAAAAGUCGGAUAAUAGUGAAGAAGUUGACAAACUACAAGUACAGAUUGUAAACUACAAGAGCAUUAUCGACAAUACUGAAGGAAUACUAAGGAAUUUGGAGUCGCAUAUUCAGAAAGAAGAGUUAUCUUGGAGGAAGCAAUUAAGUGCAAAGGAAUUGGAGAUAGAGGGUCUGAAACAAAAACAUUUAGAUGAGCUUAGGAGUACAGUAUCAGAAUUGGAGUUACAAGUUUUAAAUGAAAGAAGGGCCAAAGAAAAUCUAAUAAGGGACUGUCAAAAACUUGAAUCCAAAAAGAAUGCUGCUGACAGUUCCGUGAUAGUUGAAAAACUUUCUGAGGAGAUCAGCAGACUGACGGAACAACUAGAAGCGGAAAAGAAAAAGAACUGUGAAGGUCUAACGAAGACUAGCGAGGAGCCUCAACAAAUGUUGACAGAAAUAAGUAAUGGUUGUGAGAAAGUUCAUAAUGGAGCAACUAAUGUGAAUUCACUUUUGACUCAGAACGUAGUAUUGUCUACACCUACAAGUGCAGUAUCAGUUAAGCACAGAAAUAAAAGGCAUAGGAAGAAAAAAGCAUCUAGUGAGACUGAAGCCCAAUAAUAUGAGGGUAUCAAUUUUAUUAGAUAAAUAUUUAGAUAGCAUAUUAAACAAAACCAUACAACUUUUGCAAAUACUAUAUUUUACUUUUAUUAAGCUUUUUUGCUUUUAUAUUUGCAUACAUUCUUAUUGUGCAAUAAUUUACUUUCAUGUAUUUUCUUUUCUUUGUCUUGGAAAUACUUAUUGUAUAUACACUUAUGAUUAGUAAAAGUUUUGCUUAUUGUAUCUUAAAUAAUCUCAAGAACGAUAAAAUUAAUUAAUAGUAUACAAUGUAAUAUAUAAUAUAAAUACAUAUUUACAGUGGGUUGGAAUGAUAAAAUUGUAACCUUAUAUAAAAAAAUUACGUACUAUUGAUAUUUAUAUAAAUACUUCAUUAAUAAAUUUAUUCUUAUUAU